AUGGUUGUCAUUGCUUUUACUUCCGUGUUCUUCCCAGUUGCUUCUCCACCACCUAACUCCAGUACCAAGACAUCUGGCAAUCUCUCAGGCAUGCCUGCAAGAGUUCAUACAUGGGGGAUUAAGUUGAAAUCUUCUUUUGGCUCUUCUAGGGGUUUACAGGUUACGGCACAUUUGCAAACUCCUCCAAAGGUAAAUGGGACCAACGUUGGAGUUAUGGAAGACCCUAAGAGUGAGGACGAGACAAUGCCAUCACCUCCCCCAGUAACUUUUAUCAACCAGUUGCCUGAUUGGAGCAUGCUCCUUGAUGCUAUUACAACUAUUUUCUUGGCAGCGGAGAGGCGAUGGAUAAUGCUUGAUUGGAAGCCGAAGAGGCCUGACUUACGUGUUGAACCAUUUUAUUAUGGUAGACUCCUUCAGGAUGGUUUAGUUUUCCGUCAGAACUUCUGUAUUCGAUCGUAUGAAGUAGGGGCUGAUUGUACUGCAACUAUAGAGACUAUAAUGAAUAUUUUGCAGGAAACGGCCCUUAACCAUGUAAAGACUCUAGGUAUUCAGGGUGAUGACUUUGGUGCAACUCCAGAGAUGUCCAAAAGGAAGCUAGUAUGGGUGGUAUCAAAAAUGAAGGUUCUGGUAGAUCGCCAUCCUACUUGGGGUGAUGUAGUUCAAGCAGACUCUUGGACAGCUGCAGGUGGAAAGAAUGGAAUUCGUCGUGAUUGCCUUCUCCGUGACUGCAAGACUGGCGACAUUUUGGCAAGAGCUUCCAGUCUAUUGGUGAUGAUGAAUAAAGAGACGAGGAAGUUAUCUAGAUUUCCAAAUGAAGUCCGAGCUGAAAUAGGACAUUAUUUAGUUGAUUCACCACCUGUUUUGGAUGAAGAUGGCAUAAAAAUACCAGAACUUGAUGACAACACAGCAGAUUAUGUUCGGACUGGAUUGACUCCACGAUGGAGUGAUAUGGAUGUGAACCUGCAUGUUAACAAUGCAAAAUACAUUAACUGGAUCCUUGAGAGUGCUCCCAUGCAAAUGUUGGAGAGUCAUGAGAGUGCUCCCAUGCAAAUGUUGGAGAGUCACGAGGUUGCUAGCAUGACUUUGGAGUACAAGAAGGAGUGCAGGAGGGACUGUGCAGUGCAGUCCCUUACUUCUGUACUGAGCAAUGGUGCUGGUGACCUGGCUGAUUCGGGUUACAUCGAGUGCCACCAUUUGCUUCGCCUUGAGGGCGGGCCUGCGGUUUUGAAGGGAAGGACCGAGUGGAGGCCUAAAUACACUAAACCCAAUGUGAAUGGUCGUCGGUCAGCUUCAUGA